AUGGUCGGAGUUUCUCGUCGAGUCCCCUGGAGCUCGCCGGACGAGCUGCAUCAGGUGUUCAGCUGGCUCUUCGCGGGCGACGGCGAUGCGGCUGUUCAGCGGUAUGCUAUCGGUAGGGUGAGUUGAUGUAAAGGGAAGGAAAGGUCGUUGCAGAUCAUCUCCCUGGACUCAUUACAUAUUUGGCUUCUCAUCCUUUUCCCCUGCUCUCACCGUCUUACCUCCAUCUUGGCCCCAUUCGCUUCCUCGUCACGUGCCCCGUCGCCGGGCGUCACGACUCUUCACACCACCUGUAGAUCAAGGUAUGGAUGAGUCGAGGCAACUGUCCGCACGCGAUUGAAUCGACGGCGUCCCUGCUCGAGCUCGUAUUACGCGAUACAGCCAACGUCGGACCUUCGCAACGCCCUUCGCAGCAUGAGCUCAGGCUGGCUUACUCGAUGGCGCUCAUCAGGUACGCCAGAGGGAGCUGCUCUCUGAUUCUUCUGACUCAAGCUGAUGAACGAAUUUUGGGAUCUUUUAGGUUCGUCAACUCGCUCGUGGACCCAUUGCAAACGACCUACUUUGCCCGAUCGAUGGCCUCCCUCGCGGCUCAACUCGGCUUACCGCUUUGGUUCGUCGAGCUACGACACGCCGCCACACACGAGGACCUACCUGGAAUCGCCGUCUUGCGUGAUGCAGCCAGACAGGUCAGUCCAUAGGGUACAGGAAGAGCUUGACUCGCCAUCGAUUGCUGAUGCACCAGCGAUCCUGCGCAGGCUCUCGAUUGGCUUUAUUCCAAUUACUGGAUCCCAACCUUGACACCUUCAUCUUCGUCCCAAACCAUAAACACGAUUCCUCCCAUCCCCAUCGACAACCUACAACCCCUUCUAACGUCAUACAAAACCCUGAUGAAACGAGCCCUGCGCGACGCCUCGAAAUCGAAGCAAAUCCGACCUGAUUUGGCACGGAGUUAUCGAGCGAUCCAAAGUUGGGUUGCUGAAGCCGAGUCGAUGGGAAGAGGGAGGGAACGAGCUAUUGAGGGACUCGUAGAGGGGUUGCUGGAAGUGGGGUGUUUGGUACCCGAAGCGAAGAAGUGAGUCAAGCACGAAGAGCGGAGGGGGCCCAUCGGGUCGUUCCUCAGAGGAAAAUCAUUUACGUCCGCUUUCCUUGUAGGAAACGAGUCACCCUUCGAGCACCGACCUUGUCCGCCGAACUCGUAGCGAUCUGGUCACCUUUAUUAGAACGGCUGGACGAGAUGUUUGAAGGCUUGCAAGAUGCUCUCUUGGCUAGGAUCGUCGAAUCGCUGGGAACUUCCUCGGCGCUUGAGCGAGUGGAUAGUGAGUUCGUGAGAAAGAGCUCAGGAUCGCUUUGCAUACUUCUUAACUAAGAUGUUUUGGGGCCCAUAGGCACGACUCAAGUCAAUCCUCUCGAUCGAUCGUACUACUCGACCCUCUCGGCAUGGGUCGUCCAACUCGUCAGCACAACCGACGAUACAAGCUCCAUUGAAAACCUGAUCAAGUCCCUCCUCAUCCAAGCCAAUCCCAUAUCCCUCACCCUGGUUGAAACACUUUCCAACAUCAACGAAAACCUCUCCAAGAUCGUCAAGCCUUUGAUUGAGGUGAUGAGGCAAUCGGAGACGAAGGUGGCUAGUUCGAUCGAGGUGGAUGGUGUGGAGGAUCAGCUGGCCGAGAUGGAGAGGAGAUUGAAAGAGAUGGAGGAGAAGGUCAAGUUGUCAGAGACAGCACGGACUCCAGCACAGGCUUCUUCGUUGGCGACGAACGGACAUCCGACGAUGAAGAACGGAUGGACUCUGGUGCAGAGCUGGAAGCCGUGCCCCAUCGGUGCUUCGGGGUCUUUAGACCUCCCACCUUUCCAACUUUGA